UGCUUUUCCUACUGCGGAUCUGCAGCAUGCCAUGGGGGCCCUAACAAGCUCACUUCCUGCUGUAGUGAAGAAAUACCGUGACCGUCUGUGUGCUGCUUACAGCAAUGUGCAGUUCUGCAUUGAGGAAACCGAUGAAGAGAAGGAACGAAUCUUGCAAAUGGACGAGCUUUAUGCUGACCUCCAUGUGGUGUCCAAGCAGAAGUUAAAUACCAGGAUGCGUGAAGCAGAAAAACUGGGCACAACUGCGGGCAAUGAGCAACUGGCUCAUUCAUUUGCGUCUGAAGCUAGAAAGCUGCGCAAGAUGAAACUUGCUGAAAUCCUCACUGUCAAGAAAGCCAUGCGACAACGCAUGAGUGGAAAGACCUUCCGUGCCAUUGCCCUCUCAUCGGCUGGAGCAGGCAAAACCAUGCUCUUCACCAAGAAGGGUCCGUAUGAAUGGGCAAGAGGGCAGAUUUGGCCAAACAUUGCUGUCCUGCGUGCACUGGAGCUGCGCUUGGCAGAAGUGCGCAAUAUCACAAGCAUCGCUGAGCUGCUGGAUUUGCAGAAUUACGGCAUCACACUACCAGGUGAGCAGGCCGAAGUCAUUGAUUUUGUUUGCAAUCAUCCCGAAUCUGUCUGUAUUAUUCUCGACGGAUUGGAUGAGAUCAAGCUCGCCGACUGCAGCAAGUUCAUGAACGACGUCAUCUGUGGCAAGGAAUUGCCAGGAAUCAACCUGAUCAUCACGUCACGCCAUUCAGCAGAAGCAAUGAAGCUGACACAAAGCCGCGAGAUAGUCUUCCAUCGUCGUCUGGAACUGCUGGGUUUUGAGAAGCAGGGUUUGGAGCACUACAUUCGCAAUAUCCUGUCUCCAGACGAUGCAGCUAAGUUGCUAGCAGAGCUUCGCAGCAACCCACAGCUAGCCACAAUGAUGCGCACACCGUUUUUCGCCCAAGCAACCUGCAGCCUCUACCGGCACAACCAUCGCCUGCCAAACACACCGUCGGCAAUCUUCAACUCGCUGAUCCUUCAUAUUCUGGGCCAGCAGAAAUCAAAGCCAGGGCAUGAUGGUGAGCACUACACCGAUUGGGAUGAUGUUCCCGACGACGUCCAGGAAAAUCUACACGAUCUCUCCCGGUUCACUUUCAACAUGCUCAUCCGACGGAAAGUCGUCUUCACCGAUGCCGACUUCAAAAUGUUUUCACUGUCAUCGGCAGCUCGCACACUCGGCAUGCUCAUCGCCUGCGACACGGCAUCACCACAGUCCAGGGCUCAGUGGCGUUUCAGCCACCUGGCACUUCAGGAAGCUCUAGCAGCUCGCUACAUCGCUAGCCGCUCUCCCAGUGCAGCUGACGUCACCUGGCUUGUGCAGCGACUUGGAGCAUUCACAGGCAGCCUCAAUAUGUUUUGGCGCUUACUGGCCACUGAGCUGGAUAGUGACUCGGUCAAUGUGUUGAUCGAAGCCAUUCUCAAUGCGCAGUCCACAUCGUCUACUCAGCCAAAGGAUACCGACCAGCAUUCCACAGGAGCAGAGGGGCACAGCAUCACGUGUUUUCUCUUCACAACACACGACCACGUCAUGAAAUGGGCAGACCACGUGUCCUCCUUUAUCUCGCUGGACGAAGCAGAGCACCUUGCAGAAGAAUUGCUGGGUGACAGGAUCGACCUGGCAAUGUCUGCUCCUGAAGUGGUCCGCCUCGAAAUUGACCCAGCCAUCACCAAAAUCACCUGCAAGGAUUUCGUUCGUUCAUUGCUACCCAUAUGGACGGAUCGCGUCCCCAGUGCCAGUACACAGAAGCUGCACGAUUGCAUGGCCCACCAGGCGCAAGGAUCGACCAUUCGAUGUUUCACCGCCACUCCCACGUCUAGGCUACCUCCAGUUCCUCCAUCCGACGAACCAGCCCAGCCAUCCGCGACUCUGGAGAACGUCAGCACCGCCGUAGAACGAAGGCAACGAGUUCUCUACGCCUGUCGGGUCUUUGCGGAGCACGCCAACGCCAAGCAAAGCAGCAUUGAAUACAUCGACAGCAUGCAGGCUAUCUUCACGGAGUACGGAGCAGAUUUCGACGGCGUUCCUCUCACACCGUCGGAUUGUCAGGCCAUCAACACCGUCAUCCGUCACCACCACCAGUUCAUCACCGGCAUCAGCCUGCAGAACUGUGGUAUAGGUGAUACUGGUUAUGCAUGCAUGGCUGAUGGCAUGGCUCUACUACGCAAUCUUACGUUCAUCAACCUGCGACUGAACAACCUCACAGAUCGUCACACAGCCCAUAUCGCAGCAUGUCUCGAAUCCAACACGUCAACCCUGGAGGACAUCUACACAACCGAGAAUCUCUUCAGCAGCAAUGCUAUGGCCACCAUCCACAGCAAUACACACCGCUGUACGCGACUGCUGGGAGUGGAAUUUGGAGGUCGAGAGUGCGCCAAUCCAGCAGCCAACCUUGACGUCAUCACUAGAAUCUGCAGCAGCUGCCCAGAUCUCAAGUCCGUCGGUCUCAGUGACUACGUACUGGAUAUGGAAGGUCUAACACAGCUAGCACCAUUGUUAGGAGCACUGAGGCUGAGAGAGCUGUGGCUGGUUAAGGUUGGGAUGAAGCAGAACUACGCACUGAUCGUCCGUCGAAUCAUUCAACAGCAGCACGAGAGUUUGGAGUGGUUCUCACUCAGUUGCAAUGAGCUAACGGGAGAUUUCCUGGAAACCGUUCGUGGUGAGAUUAGUCAGUGCCAACAACUGAAGGGCCUGUACCUGGACGACGACUGCCUCUCGUCAGGAGCUCUGCCAGUGGUUGCGUCCCUGCUGCCAAGUCUGCCCAAGCUCUCCUUGCUCCGAAUGGCGAGGAAUGAUUUCCGAGACGCUGACGACGAAGUAAAGCUGUUUGCCGCCGCUGCUGAGAGCUGCUCGUCUCUGAAGGAGCUGAGGAUGCCUGAACCAGCUCUAGUGUCUCCACGGCUGCGUGAGGCUUUAAGUGCCAUGGCCGGAGAUGAUCUGAAUGUUCAGUAUUCGGGGGGUCGCUGGUACGACGAAGUGGAAAAUGAUGAAGAAGAAGACGGGUAGGAUACAAAGGAGAUAGUGAGGGUGAGGAAUGAGGAGGAAAUCGCGAUUCCACGGAUGCAACAAAAUCCGCGAUUUCCCGCGUUUCUUGUGGUUUUCUGCACUAUAUCUCACUUUUUAUGCACUUUUCACGCAGUGCUUUCCAUGAUCCUGUAGGUUAUUUGUAUAGUACGACUCGGACUACUCCCGAGUAGAUAUACGAUGCAACAAAUUUCGUGAUUUGGCCCAAAUCCGCAAUUUUCUGUAAAUAAUUCCGCGAAUUCCUGGCAAGUUCUGCAUCAUUCCGCACUUUUCGUCCCAUUUUUUGUUGUUUUCUCCCGCAAUUUCUUGCGCAAGUUUUCGAGAGUUUUUUCCGCACAUUCCCGCGGGGACAGUCUAUGUAAUUUGUUGCAUUUGAAUAAUCCGGGGGCCUACAUUUGAUGCUUGUUCCUGCCGCUGAACCCGAGAAAUGCCAGCGCAGGUAUAACAUUCUUGGAACUUCCUUUGAGUUUAGGUCGGUCUGGCGGAAGUCAUGUUCGGCAGGCGUAGUGUCGCCGCCGAAAGCAUUUCUUUUGGUUUUGAAGAAAAUUCUGGGCAGCAGUUUGGGGAUGAAUGCGAGGAGAGUGACUGGAUCAUUGUGGGCGAGGAAUUAGAAGUGACCGACCACAGAGACACAUAUUUAUAUGC